GCCGAUGCCGCGCGGCUGCGCGCGCUCUUGGACGAGUCGCGGCGCCUCCUGGAGGGCCUGGAGGCUAUGCGCGCUGCACGGGAGAUCCACCAGGAGCGCAGGGAGAAGGAGAUGCGCUUGCUGGAGACCAACGCCAUGCUCGACCUGAGCCGUGCGAGCCAGGCGCGGGGCGAGAUGCAGGCCAGCGUCGCUCGCCGGGCGGAGACGUUCGCCAGGGAGAGCCUGAUCGGCGUGCGGGAGGAGCAGGCGAGCUUGGCCCGCGAGCGCGAAGCCUGCGCCCUCGAGGCCGGGGAGGAGCUCGGCCGCCUCGCCCUCGCGCUCGAGGAGCACCGGCACGCCCGCGAGGAGUGCGGGGAGCGCGCGCAGGGAGACUUGCAGGCCGAGUUGCGGAAGGCCGCGGAGGCGGUGAGCGCGGAGCACCUGCUGCGUCGGGAGGCCGAGGGCGCCGCUGGGCGCCGGCUGGAGGAGGUCUUCUCCAGCGUGUCCGCCGCGAUACAGCAGGAGCGGCCGCUCGCCAUUGGGAGGCGAGAAUGCUGA